AUGAGUUUCAAAAAGUUUUUCAAUUUGGAGAAUGACAGAGAUAUAGCCGAAAUCCACAAAAUACUUUUCGAUUCAGAUUCUGAAGGAGAUAAGGAAUCUGAAGAAGAAGAUGCAAUUAUUCCUGAUUUCAGAGAAAAUACUGAGAACCAAAAAGAAUUAUUACUGGAUAAUUUUACGAGCUUAUCUCAACCUCAAAGUGCGCAAUUUGAAACAUCCGACAGCAGUGAGGAUGAAAAUCCAACUGCACACUCGAACGAAAACCGCGCAUCUGUCUCAAACGAAGAUAAACUUCUAGUUGUGAAUGCACCAUCGAAACUUCUUGGUAAAGACCGCUUCAAAUGGAGUGGCAAAAAAGGAAAACUUCAUAGAACACCAAAGAAAAAUUUGAUCGUUCAUUUACCAGGCAAUAGGAGGGAGGCUAAAAAUAUAAAAUCAGGUUUGGAAGCAUGGAAAUUAUGUUUUACUGAAGAAAAUUUGAAAUGGAUCACAGAAUUUACGAACAAAGAAAUAGUAAUACAGCGAAUGAAGUACAGAAACGACCGUUCUCCGGAAGAUAAAGAUGUGGAAACUUCUGUAAGGCCAUCAUUCUCCCGAGAUACUAAUGAAACAGAAAUUUUAGCUUUGAUUGGCUUAUUAUAUUAUGCUGGUGUUAUGAAAAUGAAAGGAGUAUCAACAAAGGAAUUAUUUGACAAGGAUUCUGGGAUACCAAUAUUUCGUGCAACGAUGUCAGAGAGUCGUUUUCGGUUUUUACUAAACUGUAUCAGGUUUGACGAUAAAGAAACUCGGAAUGAAAGAAAAAAUAGUGACAAGUUGGCCGCUUUCCGAGAAGUGUUCGAGAGAUCAUUUUCGAAAAUGAAUGAACUGUAUGUUCCAUCAGAAUAUACCACUAUUGACGAACAGCUGGUAGGAUUCAGGGGUCGCUGCCCAUUCAAAAUGUAUAUUCCGUCGAAACCUGAUAAGUAUGGGAUCAAGAUUUUGAUGUGUUGUGAUUCCAAAACGUUUUAUGCACUCAGUGCUGAAAUAUAUACAGAAAGGGGUUCAACGCCGGAAAACGUUCCAGCAUCUCAAUAUUAUUGUGAAAAGCUAGCCGCUUCUUUUCAUGGCACGAAUAGAAACUUAACAACAGAUAACUGGUUCACUUCAGUGAAGACUUCACAGCAAUUGCUAGAGAAAAAAAUUACAGUAGUUGGAACCUUGAGAAAAAAUAAAAAAGAGAUUCCUCCUCUGUUUUUGGAAGUGAAAGAGAGACGAAAAAAUUCUGCUAUGUUUGCUUAUAGCCAUCAACUCACACUUUUGUCGUACUGUCCAGCAAAGAAGAAUAAAAAAAUAGUUCUUAUGCUCUCCACUAUGCAUGAGAAAGGAGACGAAGCAAACGAAAAUAAGAAUUUGCCAGAUAUCAUUCAAUUCUACAAUGAAACUAAAGGAGGAGUUGAUACUAUGGACCAGCUUUGUCACACAUACUCCUGUUCCAGAAAAACUAGACGCUGGCCACUAUGCUUGUUCUACAACUUGCUAAAUAUUAUAGGAAUCAAUGGUAUGAUUCUUUUGAAAGGUUCAAACACCCGAGAAAAGGAAAUAAUCAUGAAUAGAAGAUUAUUUCUGAAAGAGCUUGCCAUGGCCUUAGUGAGACCGCAUAUGAUGAGCCGACUGAAUACUCCAACUUUGCCUCGUCACCUCCGCGAAACUAUAUGUCGCGUGCUGAAAAUGAAUGAGGAAAUUCAAGCACCUGAUAAACCUGAGCAAAAUCCACACACAAGCCAAAGGGAGUUUGGUGUAGCCUGUAGUAUAAUUAGAAUGCCGUCGAUGGAUAAAUUGAAGGCCUCUAUCUCUGAGGCGGUUAUCAAGCGCGAAAAUGCAUUCGCAGCGGCUUCGACUCUUCUCAAAUUAAUCAAAGGUUUGACCACCGAAGCAGAUAUUGCCAACAUGUGCUUGGCCGAGUUGUUUAACCUUUAA